AUGAUUUCUUCAUUAAAUUCGCCUGGUCCUCAAGUUAAGAUUGCAAAUUAUAUUCUGGGGGAAACUCUUGGAUCAGGAACUUUUGGAAAAGUUAAAAUCGGUAUUCAUCAGCUGACCGGCCACAAGGUCGCAAUCAAGGUCAUGAAUAGGCAGAAGAUAAAGAGCCUGGAUGUGGUGGGCAAGAUAAGAAGGGAGAUCCAAAAUUUAAAGCUCUUCAGGCACCCACAUAUAAUUAAAUUGUACCAAGUUAUUAGUACUCCAUCUGACAUAUUCAUGGUUAUGGAAUAUGUGGGCGGUGGAGAACUCUUUGAAUACAUUGUAAAGCAUGGGAAGCUAAAAGAGCAUGAGGCAAGAAGGUUUUUCCAGCAGAUAAUAUCUGGAGUGGACUACUGCCAUCGUCACAUGAUAGUCCACAGAGAUUUGAAGCCUGAAAACUUACUGCUUGAUAAGCAACUGAAUGUUAAAAUCGCUGAUUUUGGCCUGUCAAACAUGAUGAUGGAUGGAGAGUUCUUGAAGACAAGUUGCGGUAGUCCGAAUUACGCUGCACCAGAAGUCAUUUCUGGAAAAUUGUAUGCUGGGCCUGAGGUUGACAUCUGGAGUUGUGGUGUCAUACUAUUCGCACUUCUCUGUGGAACAUUACCGUUCGAUGAUGAACACGUGCCUUCCUUGUUUAGAAAGAUUAAAUCUGGCCAUUACUACACCCCCGAUCACGUGAACAAAUCGGUAGCCAAUCUGAUUUCGAAGAUGCUGGUCGUGGACCCGAUUCAGAGGGCCUGCAUUCGCGAGAUCAGGGAGCAUGAGUGGUUCAAGCAGCAGUUGCCUGCCUACCUCUUCCCGACUGGCUCCGAUGUGGAUGCUUCCAUCAUUGAUACUGAAGUUAUUCAGGAGGUUUGCGAGAAGUGUCACGUGAGUGAGGCCGACGUGCACAGUGCACUGUUGAGCGGGGACCAGCAGGACCAGCUGGUCAUAGCCUACAACCUCAUCAUGGAUAAUAAGAGGAUCGCAGACGAGACGGAGAAGUUGCAGAUCCUAGAUUUCUUCGUGGCCUCCAGUCCACCCGUUGAAUCUUUCAUGAUGAACGAGGGCACAAGCACCCCCAUGUCUCCAACGACCCCCACCACGACCCAUCAUCACCCUGAAAGGAUGCCAAAGUUGAAUGCCACUGUAGCCCUCGAUCCAAUCCCGUCACUGCCAGCUGAUACCAAAGCCCCGCCCAUAAGAAAAUCUAAAUGGCAUCUAGGUAUAAGAUCACAGAGCAAGCCAUUGGACAUAAUGCACGAAGUAUUUAAAGCAAUGAAAACCCUCGGUUACGAAUGGAAAGUGAUAACUAAUUUUCAUGUCAUUGUCAGAAGAAAGAAUCCAGUUACUGGGAAAUAUGUAAAAAUGGGUCUCCAGCUCUAUCAAGUUGACGGCAAAAGUUACCUUCUGGACUUUAAAAACCUCCACACAUCCGAACACCCCGAUGCACUUAGGGAAGAGAUGGAAGUGGAUGACCAAUCGUCUACAGGGCUUCACCAAAUUUUAGAAUUCUUUGAAACUUGCUCGGGGCUCAUCACUGCCCUCGCGAGAUAA